AUGACGACCGUAGAUUCGAGUUAUGUAUCAACUACUGUUGAUGAUUUAUUGCCUGUAGAACCUAAAUUAUCAAAGUUAGAUUCUGCUGCUCCUGAAAAUAUUCAUGAUAUACUUAUUGAUUUGUCUCAUUUCAAAGUGACAAAGGUACUCCAAAACAACACCAACAGAAAAGUUGUUUGCUUACAGGGCACUUUUGAGUCAAAAGAAGGGGACGCAGUUGUCAUAUUGGAGAAGACGGCAUUUGCUGAAGAAAAUUUGAACAAUACUGACUGUUUUACUGUGGAGAAUACUCUGGAAAAAGUCUUUCAGAAUGAUAUUUAUGGAGAUUACAAAUAUUUUCCUGGUUUAGAACUGAGUACAAUAAAGACAACUAUCAUACAUCCAGCAACAGAAAAACAUAUUGUCAAAUUUUCAACUCAGAGAUUCUAUAUGGUUAAUGAAACACCAACAAUAUAUUCUAAUAUAGUUUUACCUGCUUUAUGUGAGGAAGAGUCUAAUUUACAGUGGGUUUACAAUAUUCUGGAACAUAAAUCAGAAACUGAGAGAAUAGUUUAUGAAGAUCCAGAUCCAGAAACAGGCUUCAUACUAGUACCAGAUUUGAAAUGGAGUGGUGAAGUUGAUACUCUCUAUUUACUGGCCAUAGUAAAUAAGCACCACAUAAAAUCUUUGAGAGAUCUAACUCAGGAACAUUUACCAUUAUUACAAAACAUAAGAGACAAGGGGAUAGAAGCAAUUAAAACAAAAUACUCUUUGGAUGCCUCACAGCUGAGAAUAUAUCUUCAUUAUCAGCCAUCAUUCUAUCAUCUACACAUCCACUUUUGUUGUUUGAAGCAUGAAGCUCCAGGCAUUUUAGCAGAAAAGGCCCAUCUGCUUUCUAAUGUAAUAAGCAACAUUGAACUGCUGUCUGACUAUUAUCAGAAAGUUACCAUUCCCUUUGCAGUCAGAGAAAAUGAUAAGUUGUUCAAGAAACUAGAAUGUGAGGGUAUUCUCAAUAAGUGUUAA